GUUCUUUGCUCCUUGCUCAUCGCAGAUAUGCAUAGUAUCGACGGUUGAUUCAAUCCGGUGGGACGCUUUUUUUGAUUUUUUCGGACGACGGCGCGGGUAUGCCGACGAGACGUAGGCAAAAUGAGCCGACCUGCUGUCGCAAGGUUUGGCACAAGAUGUCGCGCGUGAAGAAGUUGGAGGAACCCGACGAAAGUGCGACUCAGCUCAACCGCUGUUUGGGAACCCGGGACGCGAUCCUUCUGGAUCCUGGAUGGCGCCGAGAAACAGCAGUGUGUCAGGGUCGUGCGCCUAUGAGCUCUCGCUUUUGGAGUCACUUUUCGAGCUUGAUUACAUUCGCUGCCGUCCUGAUGACUUGUUUGCUAUCGCGCGCCGGCGACGAGCGGCUGCGGCCUCGCGCCGCAUGCACUUGUUUUGUCAUUGUAACUGACAGCGCAUUCUUCUUCAUCAUCGCCUCAUCGAAGAACGAAUUGUUUUUGAAUAAUCUUUUUGCAGCCCUAGGAGCGAUGGUCGGCUCCGGCGGCUAUGUGCUGGAAGGCGUCGUGGUCAAGGACGAGGCCGGCCCCGUUGCGAUCCUCUGCUUCCUGGUCUCUGGCCUGGUGACGAUGAUGGCGGCAUUCUGCUUUGCGGAAUUCGGCGUCCUCAUCCCGCGGGCAGGAUCCGCGUAUGUCUACGCGUAUGUGACGCUUGGCGAGUUCUGGGCAUUUUUGGUGGGCUGGAGUUUACUCGUCUCUACGAUGACAGCUACCGUACCACUGACGCACACAUUUACUGGCUACGUGGACGAUUUGGCGAACCAUUGGAUUUCGAACGGAACGGAACAGGUUUUUGGCACGAUUGAUGUGUUCAUCUUCGGGCGCACUCCGGACAUUCUGGCGGCCGUUCUGUGUGUAUUGAUGAUCGUCGUCAAAACCGGGGGUGUUCACUCUUCAUCCAAGAUCAACAAUAUUUUUACCGUGUUCAACAUGUCGGUGCUCACUUUCGUCAUUGUGUUCGGAUUUUACCUGGCUGAUUUCAAAAAUUGGACGGAUAACUUCGCCCCAUUCGGCAUCUCUGGCUUCCUUAAAGGUAACCCGGCUUUAUUUUAUGUCAGAAGAAAAUAUCCAAUGUCGUAA